AUGUCUGCCCCAUGUCAUUGUAAACAUUCAGAAGAACAACAACAAACUUUGUCAACUAAAUUACCAUUAGAAUUACAACAAGAAUUUCAAAAUCCUGAACAUCCUGCAAAUUUGAUUUGUGAAUUAUGUAGAUUAUUUUACGAUAACAAUUGGGUUACAGGAACUGGAGGUGGAAUAUCUAUAAGAGAUGUUGAUGGUGAAAAUCCAGAUUUAGUUUAUAUAGCUCCAUCAGGGGUUCAAAAAGAAAGAAUUCAACCAUGGGAAAUGUUUUUAGUUGAAUUACCAGAUGAAAGGAUAUUACGGACGCCAAAUGAUAUACCAAAAGAAUUAACAAAAAGUUACAAAUAUAAACCAAGUGCAUGUACACCUUUAUUUAUGAGUUGCUAUAAAAUGAGAGAUGCUGGAGCUUGUAUUCAUACUCAUUCACAAAAUGCAGUAUUGAUAACUUUAUUGAAUGAAAAUAAAAACUAUUUUGAAAUAAGUCAUAUUGAACAAAUCAAAGCAUUACCUAAAUUAAAGUUUAAUGAAAAUACUAAUAAAAUUGAAAAAAUUGGUAAUAUGGAAUACUAUGAUAGAUUGAUCAUACCAAUUAUUGAAAAUACUCCUCAUGAAGAAGAUUUAACGGAUUCAUUACAAGAAGCAAUUAAAAAUUUUCCUGGUACUUCUGCUGUUUUAGUAAGAAGACAUGGAAUUUAUGUUUGGGGUGAAACUGUUUGGAAAGCAAAAGUUUAUAAUGAAGCAAUUGAUUAUUUAUUAGAAUUGGCUGUCAAGAUGCAUAAUUCAGGUAUUCCAUUAGUAAAAUAA